AUGUCGCUGAAUCUGAGCAAAUGUGUUUGCAUCUCAUUUUAUCGCAUUUCAAAACCUAUAUUGCAUGAUUACUCUGUCAGAGGUGUGCCACUAUCCGGAACAUCGGAGGUGAGGGAUCUUGGAGUGUUCUUUACUCCUUCCCUAAGCUGGGAGCUCCAUGUCCAACAUAUAUGCAAUAGCGCUCUUCAAGUCCUUGGCUUCCUCUUCCGAGCUUCUAAGUCAUUUACUGAUCUAAACGUUCUCAAACUCUUGUACUGCUGCCUGGUGAGACCGCACUUAGAAUACAACAGUGUUGUUUGGUCUCCUCACCAGCAAUAUCUAAAAGACAACAUAGAGAAGAUCCAAAGGCGUUUUCUGAGGUUGGUUGGUGUUAGACUAGGAUUCCGAUAUCUGGAUGUUCCUGUGCAAGAAGUCUCACGGCUCCUAAACCUACCUUCCAUGGAAUCAAGGCGUGUCAGUCAGGACUUACUUUUCUUAUACAAGCUGGUCAGAGGAGAGUUGGAUUGCCCUGAUUUGCUGGAAAGAAUAAACUUCAGGGUACCUUUUGGCACGAGGUCAAGGGCACUUUUUGCGAAAACCUCAACUAAUACCUUAUAUGCAGCCAAUAGCUCACUGUUUCGAGUCCAGCGCCUGGGCAACACACUUCCUGAUCACCUAGACCUUCUUCCAUACCCCGCCCUCGUCAUUCAGAUCAGCUGUUCGAAGCCUCCAAUCGUGACACGUGACCACCUUUGGCUUGUGCAGUGA